AUGUUGCACUUAUCGCGUCAUAACCAUUUCAAGGGUCUAAAAGUGAUCAACUUUCGGUUCACCAGCAAAGUACUUCAAAACGAAGUAGACGAAGCAAUCUUGAAUCUCUACAUUCAGGAAUUGGAACCUAGACAUAAUGUUACCAUAACUGACGAUCAUUUUACUAUAAAUCUUCAAGUGAAUAGAGUAACUCGUAAUAGUCAAGGAAACAAAGCGUCAGUACCUUACGCAGAGAGUUCGAUAAAGUUGACGAAGAAAGACUUGAAGGUUGGCAAGUGGUUGAAGGUGAACGUGACCACGAUGGUCGCGGAAUUCUUCAGGUUGCCGAGGGAGAACCUAGCAAUAGUAGUGAGAGUACAAGACUCGAAGAAUAGGAUGAGCUUGGUUGUGCCACAUCCGAGUUCUGAAACAAAUAAUGCAGUGAUGCCAUAUAUAGAAGUAAGCCUAAGAGAUAAUUCGCACAAAAGAACUCGAAGGACAAUAGGAAUGGACUGCACGGAAAACACUAAGGAGGUUAGGUGUUGUCGGUAUCCGCUCUCCGUUAAUUUCGAGGAGUUUGGCUGGGACUGGAUCAUAGCUCCGAAGCAGUACGAUGCCAACUACUGCAGCGGGGAAUGCCCCUACAGUUUCCUGCAGAAGUAUCCCCACACGCAUUUAGUCCAUUUAGCCGCUCCACAAGGAAGUGGAGGUCCGUGCUGUGCCCCUAGGAAGAUGAGCAGCAUAUCAAUGCUCUACUUUGACCACGAUUUCAACAUCAUCUAUGGAACAAUACCGGGCAUGGUCGUCGAGAGUUGCGGAUGUUCGUAGCGACUGUCGACAGAAAUGAUACCUUGGACACUCAAAAAUUCUAA